GUCUAUCAGUGCCCGGAAUCACAUCAACAACAGUUAACAGUCCUAAUAGAUCGAAAUCGGUGUUUGAAGAACAAAAUCAACGAAAUGAGGUCGUUAGUUUUUGCGUUGCUUAUUGCGGUAUUACAGGUCGGAUCUAUUGCCAGAGCAGACAACCCAUGUCAAGGAAUCCUUAGUGGCAUUCUGGUUAGUCCGGGAGUGUGCUACGAGUUCAUUGUGUGUUAUUUGGAAGAAGCUGAGAUCGUGACAUGCCCGGAAGGAACGAUUUUCUCCAAGGAGCUGGUGACAUGUGUUCCAGGAAAUCAGCAAACUUGCAGAGAAGGUCUUCCUGAGGAGCCGGAAGAAGGAAACCCGUGUAGAGGAGUUGUGUUGAGUAGAUUUCCGCAUCCGGAGAGUUGUACCAAAUUCUACAGCUGCUUGCUGGGACGAUUGAGAGAACAUACAUGCCGGGAUGGGUUCGUGUUCUCGCAGAGAUUCUUCAUCUGCUUGCCGGGAAAUCCUGACUCAUGUAAUGUGCAAAUUUUACCUACGACUACAACUCCAGCCCCAGGAAGUAUCAAGCCAGUUCCAGCUGACUAUUGUUUGAUUAAUAGCCAGCCUUUCGGAAGGCUGCCUCAUCCCCAGCUUUGUACCAAGUUUGUCAGUUGCCAGUUAUGGAUCCCGACAGUACAGGAAUGCCCUAGCUGGACGGUUUACAGCGAGAGACUACGUAUCUGCAUUCCUGGCAAUCCGAACACCUGCGCUACUUUGAUUGAUCCUGAGGGUCCAACAACCACCACUCUGGCACCAAUAACCGACGAAAUAUGCGAGGGUAAAUUGGUGGGCCUUCUGCCUCAUCCGCACUAUUGCUACAUGUACAUCAGCUGUCUGUUGGGAGUUGCUACGGAACGAGAAUGCCCCAGGCUCCAUGUGUUUUCCGAGCAAAAUUCGAUGUGCCGACUGGGAAAUCGUGAAACUUGUACAGUUCUUGGACAGAGCUGAACAUGCGGGGCAAAUUCAAUAGAAUAGUAAUUUUAUAUUAACUGUGAUGAAGUACUUAAGAAUUAGAAUAAUGCAAUCGAAUAAAAGUAUUGAUAUAUUUUAAACAA